AUGACGGUCUUUAUCAACGGGAACACCAAGACUGGCGUCAAGGUGACCGUGGUCGGAGCCGGCUUUGGGGGCCUCUCGGCGGCAAUAGAGUGCCAUAGACAGGGACACGACGUGGAGAUCUACGAGUCCUUCUCGGAGCUGAAGCAGCUGGGCGACAUUAUCACCUUUGGAUCCAAUGCAGGACGCCUCUUUGCGCGGUGGGGCCAAGGCUCCGUCACGGACCAGUUCAGGCCCCUGUGCAUCGACACGCACUCCUCGGGCUAUGGGUUUAAUAUCCACAAGUGGGACACCGGCGAGGUCGUCUACACGCAGCCGUCUGUGCCGUACAACGCCGAGGCUCCCUACUUUAGUGGCCAUCGUGGGGAGCUGCACGAGGUUGUGUUCCACUACGCGAGGGACGACUUGAAAAUCCCUAUCCACCUCGGCCGCAGGAUAGAGAGGUACUUUGAGGAUGAGAAGGAGGCCGGUAUCAUCCUGGAUAAUGGAGACAAGGUCACCUGCGAUGUCGUGAUCGCCGCAGACGGGGUACGCUCCAGGGCGCGCAAGAUCGUCCUGGGCUUCGAGGACAAGCCCAAGAGCAGCGGAUACGCGGUGUGGCGGACCUGGUUCUCCAACAAGGACAUGCUCGCCGACCCGGAGACGAGGCAGUUCUGCGAAAAGGGCGACACGUUCAACGGCUGGAUCGGGGCGGACAUCCACUUCCUGUUCAGCACGCUCAAGGGCGGGUCCGACUGCUGCUGGGUGCUCACGCACCGGGACGAGCACGACAUUGACGAGAGCUGGAGUUUCCCUGGCAAGCUGUCCGAGGUGCUGGACGCGGUGCGGGCCUGGGACCCAAUGGUGACGAGGAUCAUCUCCAAGACGCCCGAGGAGAAGCUUGUGGACUGGAAGCUGGUGUAUCGAGACCCGCUGCCGACAUGGGUCAGUCCGAAAGGCCGUAUCCUCUUGCUGGGCGACUCGGCACACCCCUUUCUGCCGACCUCGGCGCAGGGCGCGGCGCAGGCCGUGGAGGAUGCCGUCACUAUUGCAGUCUGUCUACGGCGGGGUGGCAAGGAAAACGUCGCCCAGGCAGUGAGGACGCACGAGAAGAUUCGCUAUGAGAGGGUCAAAGCGGUCCAGAAGACGGGCGAAACGACACGGGACAUGUGGCAUAAUGUAGACUGGGAGGAGGUGAAGAAGAACCCCGAGAGUAUCCAGUUCCCUAGGCAAGAGUGGAUCUUGGAACACGACGCUGAGAAGCACGCUGAGGAGGCGUACGAGGAGAUUUCUGCUUUGUUCUCAUAG